AAGCUCCUCGCUUUGUGUGGAUGCGAAGCCUGUCCUUCUAGGUGAAAGCAGAAUUCUUUGAAUAUCUCUUCAAUUUUUCCUUCUCUUUUUUUUUCUAAUUUUUUUAGGUUUAGGGUUCUUUUUUUUGUGGGUGGUUUGAUUUUAAAGGCUUUUGAAUCUGUACUUUUGAUGCUGUUAUAUUCCAUGGAUUUUAUUGGAUUCUUGUUCUGGUGGAAUCGUGGGUUGCUUUCCUGUUUUGAAACUGUUUGCUUGCUGGGAAAGUGUGGGAAAACGAAAAGAAAUUGAAAAUUUCAUGGCUUGGGUUUUCUUUCCCAGAUCUCAAAUUAUAUAUAUUUAAAAAAAACUCUCGAUGGGAGGCAAUAUGGAGGUGCUAGGUUAGGUGAGUUUACUUAUUUUCGAUGGUUUGAAACUCAAUUUUCAAUCGGUAACAGGAUAUUUGAAUCUUAUUGGUUCUGUAGAAAACAUAGAGAGGGAUGGUUGUAUUUUUAGUUUUGUGAUGUGGGAAUUUGCUUCGUGUAUGGCUUUAUUGAUCGAUAGCUAUUACUUUAGUGAAUUUAUUAUUUUGAAUUCGGAUCAAUUGAUGAAUCUCUGUGAAUUCUGUGCAGGAUGAAGAUAUUUAUUAGUUGCUUCUGUGGUUUUGUUGAUUGAUUGAUUGAUUGAUUGAUUGAAUUGAUCAAGCUGCAAUAUUCAUUGGUUCUGAUUCUGAAAGAUGUUAACAAAUUUCACCUUGUGACUGUUGUGGUGGGUUUACAAUUAUCGCCUAUAAGCGGUAAAGAUCGUAAGUUAAGGAAGGAAAAUGGGGGAGGCUCUCCUUACAACCUUGUCAAUAGAGAACUAUCCGUCUACACUUCUGUCAAUUGAUUCAGGCUCUUUUCCUCAAGAUGAAUUGGAGAAAGAGAUGAACCGAUCAAUGCUGCUUUCUCGGCCACCUGAUAUAAAUCUUCCACUGUCGUCUGAGCCUAGCCCACCUCCUUUGACAUGGAACGAUCCAUGUGACAUCUUAGAUGUUGGCCUUGGGCCUCAGAUUUAUGAAACUGAGGCAGUUGUUAAUGUCCCAAAAACUGCAAAGAAAUGCAUCAAGCGGCUUGACAGUGUAUGGGGUGCUUGGUUCUUCUUUACUUUCUACUUCAAGCCUGUUUUGAAUGAGAAGUCAAAAUGUAAGAUAAUUAGGGACAGUAAUGGUGUUUCUGGGUAUGACAAAUCAGACUUGCAGCUUGAUGCUUUCUUGGUUCAGCAUGAUAUGGAGAAUAUGUACAUGUGGGUUUUCAAGGAAAGGCCUGAAAAUGCACUGGGUAAGAUGCAAUUAAGGAGUUACAUGAAUGGUCAUUCUCGCCAAGGGGAGCGCCCCUUUCCUUUCAGUGUGGAUAAGGGUUUUGUGAGAUCUCACAGGAUGCAGAGGAAGCACUACAGGGGCCUCUCUAACCCCCAGUGUCUACAUGGAAUCGAGGUUGUUAGGUCACCAAACCUCACAAAUCUUGAUGAGGAAGAGAAGAGGAGGUGGAUGGAGCUCACUGGGCGGGAUAUAAAUUUCUCAAUCCCUCUUGAAGCAAGUGAUUUUGCAGCAUGGAGGAAUCUUCCAAACACGGAAUUUGAGCUUGAGCGGCCUCUUCCUGCACUUAAGGGUAAUGUAAACUCCCAUGCUAGAAAAUUGCUUAAUGGUGCUAGUUUGAACUUUUCAGCCCCACCAACAGAACAUUGCAAUGGCGAUGGGAUGGAUGUAUCACCUGUCUGCAACAAACGGAAGAAGGAAUAUUUUCAACGUGGAAGUGAGUAUGAUACUUGUUCUCCUAAUAAUGGCCAUUCUAACAGAAGUCUGGAUAUGAGGAUUCACCCAGUUGAACCAGCAUGGUUGAACGAGUUUAGUGGGGUAAUGAAGAAUGUUUACGGGCCAGUUACAGCAGCAAAAACAAUAUAUGAAGAUGACGAAGGCUUUCUGAUCAUUGUCAGCUUGCCGCUUUCAGAUCUUCAAAGAGUGAAAGUUACGUGGAGAAAUACUCCCUCACAUGGAAUUGUAAAGAUAUCUUGUGUGAGUACAGCCUGCAUGCCAUUUAUUAAGAGACAUGAUAGGACAUUCAAGCUAACAGAUCCAACACCAGAGCACUGCCCUCCAGGGGAAUUUGUUAGAGAGAUUCCCCUCCCCAGCCGCAUUCCAGAAGAUGCUAAGUUGGAGGCAUACCGUGAUGAGACUGGAACAAUGCUCGAGAUUAUUGUACCCAAACAUCGUGCAGGACCUGAAGAACACGAGGUUCAAGUAUGCCUUCGGCCCUCUCCAUGGAGUGAACGAUCUUUCGUGGACCUGGAGGAACAAUUAGUCUGAGAAAUUUAAGAAUGGAUGGAGUGGUAGGUGCCCUCAUUGUUUACUAACAUCGUUUCAUAAAGGAAACCUGUGCAAUUAAAACCUCAAUUCUUUGUUUUUCAAGUUUAUACUGCCAUCAAUUUCAGUUGAUCUUUUAGACCAGUAGGUGAUGGCAUGUGGAUCAUUGAUUCGUCUUAUCUUUGUUGACAAUAUAAUUGUUAUUCAGUUAAUAGUUCAUCCUAUUCUGUUUUUCCUUGUAGCAUAAAGUAUUAAAAUUCAC